UGUGUCUGAAAUAAAAAUCUAACUUUUCAGAUCUUUAAACCACAUUUCUAGAAGUUUUAUCAUACUUUCAAAUUAAUGAAAUUUGAGAAUGCCACUGCAAAAUAGCUAUUACUUGAUGUCACUGAACUAUGCAAAGUCAGCCUUUUUAAAUGUAUGCAUGCCACUACACUGUUAUGUAAUGCUGAGCAUAUGGUAUUCCUGCGUUUUAAGCCCAACUCAGAUACUGCCCUGUAUAGUUUUCUGGGGGAGGGAUUAGAGAAAUCACAUGCCUCAGUUUCUCUAUGUAAAGUAAUUAAAAAUGGGGAAACUUGUAGGAUUGAGGUUUGGGCUGAUCAUUACAAAAUAUUCACACUUACUGCCUUAAUAUAAGCUCAAUAUCAAUUUAUUAAUGGGAAUUUUUUUGCAUUAGCUUGUUAUUUUUUAUAUUUAAAUUUGUCUUAAAAUUAAUUGGAUUAUCUUACAUCGAGAUUGUUUUUAAUGAAAAAAAAACCUACCCUGUGACUGUCUAUAAUAAAGACAUGUCUGUAGCCAUGCUGUUUGGCUACAGUGCCCUGGAGAGAGAACACUGCAAAGGAAAGGCCAGACAGGGGAGCUGCUGGGUAGUUUUCGCCAGGGAAAGCUCCUGGUUGUCCACAGUGUCUUUUGUUUGUUUUUCUGCUGGUUGGCGAGCUGAAAACACUUUUUUUCUCAGCGUCAGUGCCAUGAGCCUCUGGCAGCUAGAUCAGCCCAGGCUUCUCUCAGAUGGAUUUGCCGCAUGGCUUCUUGUAGCAGGGUUUGUACUAUAGUUGUGUAAUACUGAGUAACUAUCAUACAAUGGGCUGGAUUGAUCAAAGAUUAAAGGCUAAGCCUUGAAAACAUGACUCUUGUGGCUAUUCAUGCAGUCCUGAGUACUCUGUAUUUAUGCUGCCACAGAAAGAACUGGUUACACUCAGAGGAGAAACACCUCAGCUACUGGGAAGCGUGUACUAAAGACUGAAAUGAAUUUGCAGCUAAAGGAUCCACAUCAUGAAUAGAUACACUACUAUCAAGCAGCUUGGUGAUGGGACGUAUGGCUCUGUCCUCCUAGGGAGAAGCAUUGAAUCUGGAGAGCUAAUUGCCAUUAAAAAGAUGAAGAGAAAGUUCUACUCCUGGGAGGAAUGCAUGAAUCUUCGCGAGGUUAAGUCUUUGAAGAAAUUAAACCAUGCCAAUAUAGUAAAAUUGAAAGAAGUUAUCAGGGAAAAUGAUCAUCUUUACUUUGUAUUUGAAUACAUGAAAGAAAACCUUUACCAACUGAUGAAAGAAAGAAACAAACUUUUUCCUGAAUCUACAGUUAGGAAUAUUAUGUAUCAGAUCUUGCAAGGGCUUGCAUUUAUCCAUAAACACGGGUUCUUUCACAGAGACUUGAAACCUGAAAACCUUCUUUGCAUGGGACCAGAACUUGUGAAAAUAGCAGACUUUGGCUUAGCUCGAGAAAUCCGAUCUAGACCUCCUUACACAGACUAUGUAUCUACAAGAUGGUAUAGGGCUCCUGAAGUUCUUCUGAGGUCCACCAGCUAUAGCUCUCCCAUUGAUAUCUGGGCUGUUGGCUGUAUAAUGGCAGAGGUUUAUACCUUAAGGCCUCUUUUCCCAGGUGCCAGUGAAAUCGAUACUAUAUUCAAGAUAUGCCAAGUACUGGGGACACCGAAAAAGAACAACUGGCCUGAAGGCUACCAACUUGCAGGUGUCAUGAAUUUUCGUUGGCCCCAGUGUGUACCUAACAACCUAAAGACCCUAAUUCCUAAUGCUGGCAGUGAGGCUGUUCAACUCAUGCGAGACAUGCUGCAAUGGGACCCCAAAAAGCGACCAACAGCUAGUCAGGCACUUCGAUAUCCCUACUUCCAGGUUGGAUGUGCCUUGGGCACCUCCCAUUGCAUUCAGGACCUGGGCAAACAGACAAAAGAUCUCCAUGAUAAAAUAGCACUGCACCAUGUUAAACCUGUCCCUCCUUCACAGCCCCCUCCAAAGCCCCAUGCCCGUCUCGGGUCUAGACCAUUCCAGCAAAGCCAGUCUUCCCAGUACCUCAUGUAUCCAUACAAAGCAGAUUCCUCGGUGACUGACCAUGUGACCAAUUUAAGAGAGGACAAGCCUGCUCAGGUGGUUCUGCCAGCUCUUCGUAGUCAAGUCCCUCAGCAGAAAAUACCAGUUGGGACUGAGAACACAAACGGUGAACUUAAACCAAAGACUAGGCGAAGAUGGGGGCACAUUACUAGAACAAUGAAAGGUUCUGAAGAUUGGGAUGAGUUGGAAGACUUUGAUUUUAGCUCUUCCCUCCCUAGAACUGAUCUGAAAAACAAGAGGCGACAGAGUGAGGAAGCUCUUUGUAGAUUUGAAAGCAUUUUGGAUCUGAAGCCUCCAGACAGUCUAGGUUCGGGCAACAGUGCACCUUCCCAUGUGUCCUUUCCACGGCAGGACACACCCACCUUGCGAGUUUCUGCAGCCAAGCAGCAUUACUUGAAACAUUCUAGGUAUUUACCUGGGAUAAGCACAAGGAAUAGUAUAGUCUCCAGUUCAAGUAAGGAUUCUAUUACGCCUAAUCCAUGGCCUACUUCUAGUUUGCCUGGAAAAGCUUCAGGUGUGGGAGUAGGGGUCAAUGGAACGAAUGCAGGGCACUCAGGAUCAAGCAGGUUGACAGAUGGUUAUAUCCCUUCAUUUCUGAAAAAGGAAGUGGGCUCUGCUGGGCAGAGGGUUCAGUUAGCACCAAUUGCAGAUCCGUCUUCUAAUUACGUUUCUCUGAAGUCUGUCAGACCUCAGAUUGGGCGACCAUCAUUUAAUACACCUUCAAAGAGCACACCGGGAUUAAUGCCGCGUCCACCGCCAAUUCAGCCAAUCCAUGGACGCACUGACUGGUCUUCAAAGUACGGAGCUCACCGGUGAUUUGCAGAAAGUAUUUUCUGUUGAACCAGUGCACAUUUCUCAUGAAGUGGUGACCAAUUCUAGACCAUUUGCCAUGAUUUUGUAAACCUAUGAUUUUUUAAAAGAAACCUUAUCUUCUUUGAGCAAGACAUUUGAAGACUUUUUUUUUAGUUGUAUUAAUUUGAAUAUAAUCUUACACCUUUUUGUAUAAAAUUGUUUUGUUAUAUGAUUGGGUCCAAUUAUUUUCUUAAAACUGAUACAUUUUGUAUAUCUGUCUUGGGGGUUUGGGCAUUUUAUAUGAUAAACUUUGUAAUGAACUUGAUAAAUUUAAUAUUUUCCUUUGUCAGGUCCAAAUAUUUUAUACAAGUAAAUAAAUGUAGCAGACUGAGGCAGUAUUGCAACAGAGAUGCAAUUUUCAGAAAGGGGCAUUCACCAAAUACUGUUUGUGAUCACGUUACGUUCUGAUUGGGAUGUAUGAGGCAAGGCCAUCAGUCAGACUGAAUAACUCAGCUUUAUUUUAGCACCAUGCUGCGCCAGCUGGAUGGUGCUAAAGUGCAAAGUCAACUGCUUUGGGCUGACUUAACACGAAUGCCUGAUAUUGCUCUCCUUUGGGAGGUUGUUUGAUUUAAGGCCCAAUCACAGGCUUAUCAACCAGUUUGCUUUAGCUUUUGUUGGUGUUUGUCUGAAAAUGUUUCUUGCCUGUCCGUUUUGGGACCUGUCCUACCUACAACCCCAAGGCCAAAUCCCCACUAACUUCCCUGGGAGUUUGGCCUGAAUGAGGCCAGCAGGAUCAGGCUGCUAGUUUGACUACAUUCCACCUGUCUUUCUAAUGCUGUCUGUUUGAAGAGUAUUUGGUGGGUUUUUCUCAUCUGGCCUGAAGUGCCACUUCAGGUUUAAGUGUUGUUGUUCAUGCUACAUAGGGGGCUGUUCCUAUUUAAGUCAACUAUAACAUUCUUAAAGACUUCUAUGAAGCAAAAUCAAGCCCUAUUUUUGUAGGGCAGAUAGGAGUUGGAAAAAUAUUGGAGGCAAUAUUGAAUAUGACAAAGCUGGUUCACAGGCAGAAUAAUAGUAUUUGUGAUGCACCAGCAGCAAAGUUAAAAAAAUUAUAUAUGUGGCUGACUUAAUUUCUAUGGCUUUGUUUCCAGCCUAAUUCCCUUUAAUGCAUCCAGAUGCUGUUUUCAUAGACCAGUAAACUUCAGUUAAUAGUUACAGUGCAGAUUUACCUUACCGCCCCAUAUUGUUAAUUCUCAAUCUCCAUAAAUAAGGUCUUAUUGGCUAUUUUGCUAUCGUAAGCAUUUACAGUCAAAUCCUGGCCCACUGGUCUCCAUGGGAAAAUCUCAGUUGAUGUAAUUGAGAUGGGAUUUGACUGGUAGAGGAGGGAGAGAAGUGACAAGCAAAAGAAAUGGGUUACUGACAGGAAAAUAGAAAACAGUGCAGAUACAAUGUCUUCUCCAUUCUAAAUGCUUAGCUUAAAAAAAAACCAAGAUGCAUUGGAAAGGGACACCUCCCCCUUCUUAGCAAAAAGGUACAAAGAGGAAAAACAAAUCUGUCUUUUACUAUACAGAAAACCCUCCCUGAUAUCUCAGUGAUAAGGGCUUGGUAACGGCCUUGUAUUCAUAGAGAGCCUGAUCAUCCACAGGGAUGCGUGAGCCCAACCCCAGUGCAUCCAUGCUGAGUGCCUCUUCUUUGCACUCAGACCCUCUUUCCUCCUGAGUUAACCUAGGGCUACGUUGCUCUGCAGCUUCCCCCAUCUCUACCUGCACACUGCCUCGCCUUCCAAAGGACAGAAGCUAAAUUGGAAAAUACAUGUCCAUGUAUUUAUUUUUG